AAACAAUCAGUGCAUUCUCAGUAGUCCUCAAUAAGCCAUUGACCCUGAACUCACAAUGUGUCUAUAUUUUACAAAUGGUUGUCAUUGGUCACAGCUGACCAUUGUUCUCGUUCUCUAUUCCUACUUAUGUCUGUCAUUCAAUACUCAAGGUCCCUUCAAUUAGAUCGAUGUCUUCCUUGUUCUUUUAGCCUUUGCUACCUCAUCUAUUUCCAUCCAUCAUCCCUCGUAUUAUUUACCAUAUUCUAAUAUAGCUCAAAGACGCUCAGGCCACUUACUCCUAACUUCGUUAGCCAUCAAUAACACUCCGCAACCAUGGCACACACAGUCAGGCGUCGAGGAAACAAGAAUACAUAAAGCCAAAGAUUUUCUGCCCAACCCGGAGAAAAGCCUGAGUAAGAAGCCCAGAAUACCUAUUUUAGGAGAAUAAUCUCUCACCCAAAUACUCAGUAUUGCGGAAGAGCUCUCCGCCAAGGAAGCUAGAGGGAUAAACCAAUCCUCGCUCAUCUCAGACAAUACAGGCUGAGGCGAAGAUAUCAAUGGCUCCCAAAAUGAACCACCCCCUCGACAGAGCGAAGUUGGACACUGUCUCUUCAUCUUCACGAAAUCAUGCAUGCAGCGUUAAAAGCUUGGCAAAUGUCUGGCCUAAGGAAGGAUAUUCAAGCAACAAGCGCCCACUUGGAUCUCCAAUGGCUUCGAAAAUCGACGCUAAACGACACAGGGCGGACUAUCCAACGCCAAUAUCGAGGAUUCUACUUGCUCAACCUGCUAUCAAAUGCAUGGAAGUACGAAAGGACAAUCCGGCAGAUGCUGUGAAGCCAAAUUUCUCUGAAGUAUUGGCAAAGCCUGCCCCGUUCCUUCAUCUUCCUGCAGAGAUCCGUUGGCUAAUCUAUCAAUACCUUUUUGAGCCACAUCGUGUCGAAAUCCUCCGUUGCAAGGAUAAGAAUCCUGAUCUUUCCAGACCAAUUCGUUACCGACUCUACCAUCGUCAGCAAAAGCCCCGCAGCCCGUCUACGCAGGUGAUGCAUUCUAGUGGCCACCGUAUCCAGCGAACUCCACUCUUACUCAACCUUGUCUUCACUUGCCGGACCAUUUACUGUGAGACAAUUCUUCUUGUAUACUCAACAGCGCAGUUCAUUUUCAAUUCGACCAAUUCCAUCGUGCGAUUUCUCAGUACUACUUCUGAAGAUGCACGAGCUGCCAUCCGCCACAUAGAGCUCAACCACAUUAUGUACAAUGAGCCACGAUUGACAGCUUUCCGCCAAUACAAGAUCCGCAGUGACAUCGCUUGGUACAAUGCCUGUGAUGAGAUAGCAGCAACUUGUGUAUCUCUGAAGGUGCUUCAUGUUAAGCUAGCAAUCUACGACUGGCCCAUUCGAUUGGAAAUAGGUGAACUUUGGUCUAUGCCACUUCUACUAUUCGGUCACUAUGACGGGGGCUUAGAUUAUGCGGGUAUCCAGCUUCAAAUGAGAAGGUUCAAUAGCGAAAGUCUUCGGAUUGUGGCGCGCGCCCUAGAGCAGGAACUUAUGAAGCCAAAAAUGUUUCAGAUUCAGGAGGAUGAACGACCAGCUAAGGACUUAAUGGGACCGGUCAAGGCAAGGAAGGUAUUGAGACUAGUGAUUUAGAACAUCAGCCGCUUAAUAUAAAAUGGGUCCCUGGAUCCUGUAUUCAAUAGUUUGGAAGAAAAGCUAUUUACAUACGGAGCUGCAUCUUACCA